AGUCAAACAUAAUGAGUUAUUUCCGCACAUUAUAUUGAAAUUGGAGUAUGUUUUAGCAAUUUUUUUGUUGUUGUUGUUCAACCUGGACAUGAAACUCACGUAUAACUUUCAGAGUACGGAGACUUAUAGCUUUGGCAUUGGAGAAUAGUCAGCGGUCAAUAUUUUUCUUUUCGGUUCAGUAACAUCACUUGUAAACAAAACGGAGUAGAAGGUCCUUGACUGACAGAGAGAGUGAGAGAGAGAGAUUUGACUUUUGGAGAGGCUGCUUGUGCUGGCUCGUAUUCUUUGCGUUUCUUGCACUGAUCUAGUUGAGUUUCAGAGAGAUUGAUUGCUCUGGUAGCCCCAACAAGUGCCUAUAUUAUCUACAUAUUUCAAAGGGAAAUCGCAGUUGGUUUCAUGGUGUUCUUAGUUGUCAACGGAUGAUCCCAUUCCAAACAAUCCUCUGCUCCAUCAAGCGAUCCAGCUCAGCAGGAGAGGAGGGAUGGAAACCAAUUAAAGCAAAACGAGCUCAGCAGGAGAGAGGGAUGGGAACCAAUUAAAGCAAAACGAUUAUCAAUCUUGUUUUUUUUUUUUUUUUUAAACUUCCCCAAUCAAACCCUAUAAAUGAUUAUUCCAAAGAUUGUCCUAUUUACACCCACUCCAAACAAAUUCACUUCGUAAAGAUCAGAAACGAUAUGAAGGUGUUUUCGUCUUCGUAGAUAUCGUGGAUAUGGAGAAUGCUAAGGAAAAAUUAAAAGUGCCUUAACUUCUUUGAUCUUAUCACUCACAUACUGAGAUGGCUAGAUAUCCACCGCUCAAAUUUCCAGGGAUCCAGCUCAGCAAUGUACAGGAACCGGAUCCCUUGUUUCUAUCAAUUUUAGUAAUUUAUUUUUUUUCUCUGUGGACACACCCCACUCUCUUGUUUAAGGUCGGCGGCAAAUAUUUUUCGGUAAAAUGGCCUUUGCGUGCUUGUGCUUGCUCAAAUAGCUCCAAUAAAUAUGUGUUUUUUGCAUUUCUUGCACUCAUCUAAUUGACUUUCAAGGAGUUUGCUUGCUCUGCUAGCCCCAACAAAUUAAUGCCUAAAUCAUCUAGAAAAUCAGUUGGUUUCAUAUUGUUCUUAGUUGUCAAACGGAUGAUCCAUUCCAAACAAUCCUGUAAGUCUCAUCGUCCUUCUCAAUUACCUGUUAUCUUCAAUAUUUGAUAUGCUGAAUUUUUAUCAUUUUUCUUUUAAUCAGGAACAAUGGUUGUAGUAUUUUGAUUUCGAUUGAAAUUGGGUUUAGGUUUUGAAUAGAAUCAAUAGAAAAGGUUGGCAGAUGGCUACUUGUAAUGAAUUUCAUCAGCUGAUUCCUGAUGAUGUGAUUAUUGACAUCCUCUUAAGGCUGCCCGUGAAAUCACUGAUUCGGGCCAGAGCCGUAUGCAAAAACUGGUACACUAUCAUCAAAAACACAAGUUUUGUUGCCAAGCACUUCAACCGCCACACCAACAGUGGCCGACUUUUUGUCCACCGUCAUGACAAAAUUUCCGAGAAAUAUGUUUUCUCAUUGUACCCUGAUCAAACACUUGCCGGUUCUUCCCCGGUGUAUCAAGAUUUGGUGGUGGAUAUGCCAGACAAACUUUGGGUUGGUGCCUGUAACGGCAUACUAUGUUUGUCCUAUCAUUCUCGACGUUUUGCUCUAUGGAAUCCCGCAACCAGAGAAUAUAGGUCCCUCCCCGAAGUCCCUCGUAAAUUUCCACCCAAUGUGACGAGUUUCCAAGAAACUUUUGGAUUUGGUUUGGAUCCCAUUACUAAUGAUUACAAGCUGGUUCGGAUUUGGAACACUGCAGAUUUUAUUAGAGGCAAAAUGCAUGGUCCUUAUAAGGUUGCUGUGUAUACACUAUCUACUGAUUCCUGGAGACAUCUUGAUGUUGAUUUGCCUUAUACUUGGAUUGACACCCCUCAGACUAGCACAUGCAUUAAUGGAGUUUAUUACUGGAGUGUAUCAGAGAAUUUCAAUCAUUAUUUGAUCCUUUCAUUUGACAUGAGCAAUGAAUUGUUUCAUGAUAUUCUGGAUAUUCCAAGUUCAAAACCUUCAAGUAUUGUGCCCUACAAUAACUCUCUUGCUCUUAUAUAUAUUAAGGAGGACAAGGGUGGAGUUGACAUAUGGGUGAUGAGGGAGGAAGGGGGUUGGACCAAACAAUUAACUGUGGAGCUAAUCAGAUAUCCAUUUGGAUUUUGGAAGAACGGUAAGAUUAUUACAAAAAUUGAUGAACGUCGGGUGGUCUUAUAUGAUCCAGAGACUCAUGAAAUUAAGUAUCUUGGUUCCCCGAAUUGGGCUAACUGCUUGGUGUACCGGGAGAGCCUAGUCGCAAUUGGGGGUGGAGAUGGUUUGCUAGCACAUAAUCAGUUGUCUGACGUGGAUCUAAUUUUUAACUUUUCUAAAACUGUGUUGAGUUCAAGUUGAAAAACAACCUGUCAUUGCUGAUUAGGAUUUUGAAAUUUCUGGUUUAUAUCCAUCUCUUGUGAUUCACGCAUGUGUUUUGGUGAAAAAGGGGGAAACUGGAUGCUAUUUUAUCAUUUUCUUUAUUGAUAAUAUUAUAGUCGCACCUAAAAAGAUUAUAGUUGCAUCUAAAAUGAUGGUACAACAUUUGUGUCCUGAUCAAUGUUGUGGAGGUGAUCUAUUUGGUCUAUGAGAGGUUGAAAUGGAGCUUUGAUUUAUUUAUGACAGGGUAAAAGCAAAAGUGGAAGGCAAAAAAAAAAAAAAAAAAAAAAAAAUUUACUACCCAGGAUAAAUAACGAUGCAACUCCAGUAAAUCAAUCCUAUUCCCUUGCAGUAAACAUUAGAAUGGAAAACAUCUUAUUUCCAUGAAGUCAAGAUUGUGUUACUUAUGACGUUGAAUUCAAUUCAAUUGAAAUGUAUUGUAAUAAAGGAAGUAGGCUGUAUGGAGGCAGAAAAAGCAAGACAUCUUAUUGCUUUAUCCAACCAACCGUUAAAUAACAUCAGGUUCAAAACUUUGUUGUAAGUUAACAUAGUGGUUUUAACCUCCAUUAUUGGAGGAAGUUUCAUUGUGACUAUUAGUUUCCCCUACGGAGUUGAUAAACAUCUUUCCUCUAAACAGAUACUACUUCUUUUUAUUUUUUUUUCCUAGUUGGUAAGUCCCACACUUGUCUCGUCUGAUAUUUGAAUCCCUGAUUCUUUCUAAGAAAUAAAAGGCUGAUAUCGCUAGAUCACUGAGCCAUUAAUCAAAUUCCACUUCAAGUCAUCAAUGGUUAUAAUUGUUUCACUUUGACAAUUCAGAAUGACUACGACACUCAUAACAAAAUAAGAAUUGCAUUAAAAAAGCAGCGAAACUAAAUUUUAAGUUGUUAAUGCUUCAUUCCACUUGAAAAAACUCAUAUUGAAGAAGUUUUAGCAUUCAACUUAUUAUAUUAUUGGUUCUGAAGUCAGGGAUAAUCGAUGCCAGGAUGACUUAUCACCACUUGAACCAUCCCUCAAUAUGCUUCCAAUAUUGAUCAAAUUAGCCCAUGAGAGCUCAACUGAAUAUGCACAUCAAUUAAUAGGACUUACAGACACACUCAUCUCUGGUGAGACACUUAAUGAGCUUAUUCACAAUAAGAAGAACUCAAUAGUUGGCAUUUUUGUCUUCCUAUUUUAGCUGGUAUUAAAUUUUUGUUCACUCUUCUCCCUUUUUUUUUUCAAACAGAUUAUAAUCACAUGUUAACCAAAUGCACCUAAAUAAAUGGAGGCUAAGAAUAAGCAAAAUAGAAAGAGUGAUUUUUCUUUCCUAUACUACUAUAAAUUUUUAUCUAAUUAAAUGGAGGCUAAGAAUAAGCAAAAUGAGAAAUUUUAAAAGUUCGAUAAAAAUUUACCUUAAUAAUUAUUUAAAACAAAUAUCAUGAACAAUAAUAUCAUCUCCACCGAUUACAUUAAAAUUAGAUAUUUUAUCAAAUAUAAUAUACUUAAACUAGAAUUUUUUUAAUUAUUUGUUUUUCCCUUAACAGAAACUCACAUAUCGAUUUUAAUAAAUAAAAAACUGGCAUAUCCAUUUUGUAUGACUUGAG